GCACUUGUCACCCGCACUAAUCUGUCGUUCCUCGUCGCCAGUAGUGCCAGUUUACGUCUUUACCAUUCCUUACAUAAUAAAAUAUUAUGGUCAAACUUGACCUAGUUGAAAAAAGUUCUCGCGAGUUUCAUCCCGCUGUCCGUGAAAAAUGCUGUUCUUGACGAGAAGUUCCAUCGGUGGUGGAUUGAAGCAGUGCUCAUGUGCGUUGGCGAGUGUGCUGAAUGGAGGACGGUGGUAUUGUCAGAGUUCCGCGGGACGCUCACCCCUAGAUUUGUUGGAUGAAAAAAUUGCUCGCAACGAUAUCCGACCUGACGAUCAUCAGAAGAAAAUAACCGCGGCCUUGCAGGUCGUCUAUGACAGUAUUCAGAACUACAGUCCUCCGAAGGCGACCAGUGGACUGGGGAAAUGGUUCAGUUUCGGAAAACCGGACAAGGUAGAAGCCCCCCAGGGGCUUUACAUCUACGGCAGUGUUGGUGGGGGAAAAACCAUGCUGAUGGAUAUGUUCUACGAUUGCUGCACGAUGAAUCGUAAACGACGCGUCCACUUCAACUCGUUCAUGACCGACGUCCACACGAAGAUCCACGAGAUCAAAUUGAAACAGGUCCGUGACGUGAGCAACACCAAACCGCAGCCCUUUGAUCCGAUCAAACCCGUCGCAGAAAUCAUCACUGAAGACUCGUGGCUGAUAUGUUUUGACGAAUUUCAGGUCACCGACAUAGCGGACGCGAUGAUACUGAAGCGGUUAUUUACGUAUCUGUUCAAUAAUGGCGUUAUUGUGGUAGCAACGAGUAACCGCGCCCCCGACGAUCUCUACAAGAACGGAUUGCAGCGCAGUAAUUUUGUUCCGUUUAUUGGAGUUCUGAAGAGUCACUGCCAUGUGGUCAACUUGGACAGCGGGGUGGACUACCGGACGGCAACGCUCAAAGGCGAGGGGAUGCACUAUUUUGUCAAAUCUCAAAUGGACGCAGACGGUGCCAUGGACAAGCUGUUCAAGGUGCUCUGCUCGCAGGAAAACGACAUGAUUCGCCCGAAGACGUUCACCCACUUUGGUCGUAAUAUUUCCUUCGCCAAAACCUGCGGACAGGUCUUGGAUAGUACAUUCGAGGAGCUUUGUGAUAGGCCCCUUGGAGCAUCGGAUUACAUCCAGAUAUCGCAAUUCUUUCACACCAUACUUAUCAGAGACAUCCCGCAGUUGAAUCUGAAGCUGAAAUCGCAAACCCGUCGGUUCAUCACGCUGAUUGACACGCUCUACGAUAAUCGCGUACGGUUGGUCGUCUCCUCGGACGUCCCGUACAAAAGCCUCUUUUCGAACGAUAAACCCGAUGACCUGCACACCUCGGACGAACACCGGAUGCUGAUGGACGACCUGAAAAUCACCAAAGACUCGACGGACGCCUCGUCCAACAUCUUCACCGGCGAGGAAGAAGCGUUCGCCUUCGAACGUACCGUUUCCCGGCUGGCCGAGAUGCAAUCGGCCGAGUAUUGGUCCCUCUGGGAAAAGCACCGAUAGGCCCGCGCUUAUGUACUUACUGUAUGUUGUUGUGUGUAUUUAUAUGCACAAUUAGCCUACCUGUCGUUUAAUAGAAUAACAAAUUGUUCCAUCGUUGAUGCGCACAUUGUGUAAAUAUAUUUAUUUGAGCAACAUUCAAUAAAGCAA